AUGUCGUCCGACUCAGAUUCUCAGAACCAAAGCUACAGCUUAGGCAAUGAUUCGUCGGUAAGUUCCUUCUCCUCCUCUUCAUUUUUGAGUUCACCACCACCUAGCCCUAGGAAAUCAACCUCCGUCCCUAACCAAUCAAAAGCCUCUUAUGGCGACGCUACCUCUUCUCAGCGUCUGGCCGCCUCUACAUCUCCUUCCACCUCCAUGAAAGCUUUGGCCAAGAGCUCUAAGAAACCUGUAAACCCUCCGGCCAAAACUUCUUUGCCUAGGGCUAAAACCCCACAAAAAUCCAAGUCUGCCCCUAAACCAAGGGUAAAGACACUAGCCAAGACUAGGACCCGUCCGUCAUCUAUGGCCGCGUCCAAACCUUAUACUAAGCCUGCCCCACCACCAUUUAUCCUGAACAUAACCUUGGUAGGUGCAACGCAUGAACCUCUUCCUAUCUAUGCCCAUACCGCACCAUCUCUAGCGGUGCAUCCACCUCCCCCUCUAUCCAUUGAACCGUUAGCCAUAAUUUACCCGGUGGAAUCAGACAUGUCUAACCAGCCAUCACCUUCACCUAUCCUAAUAUCCUCUCCGGGGAAACCUCACAGCCCUAUGGGCACCCCGCCAUUCACUCCACCUAUCCCAGCCUCUGACAGUCCUGGAUCAGAGCAUAACCUUGAAAACUUGGUAGAGUUAGCAAGAUGUGAUGAAGAGGAAGUAUUUGGAGCUAUUCUAGCAUCGCUCAACCAAGAGCAAGAAGCAACUCAAGUGAUGCAUUUAGAUCCACCAAACGCAUCCCUCGAGUUGGAUGAAACAGAAAGAUAUGCAGCGAUGCUAGACGAAGAGAUGGAAAAUGAAGAAAGGGAAGAGAAUGAAGGAAGAGAAGAAGAACGUAGAGAAAGGAGAGUUGGCCCUGACGCAUCGCAACCAUGCCCAUCUAAUGCGAAUGAAGGGCCUAUAAAUCAAAGAGAGUAUCAAGGAAAAGAAGGUUGGAGGAAGAAGAAGAAGAAGAAGUUGCACCCAGACCUGAGGGUGCAACGCGUGAAAAAAGGCACAACGCUUUGGAAAAUGAUUGGAAGAAAAUGCGCCGCGAGACAAGGGCGAAGGAAAAACAAUCUCCAAAAGGAGUUGGACAAUGAGUUAAUAGAGUUGGCUAAAGAGGCAAGAGAACACGCGGCAGGGAAAUGCGGUAACGGAGGCGUUACCUAA